AUGGACAAUGCUGACCUCCGCCGAGGCAAGCCCACCAACCACAAGGUAUUUGGAGAAGACAUGGCGGUUUUGGCGGGUGACGCACUCUUUGCUUUGGCGUUUGAGCACAUGACAGCCUUGUCAAUUGCGUUGGUUGUUUCCCCUGAGAGGAAGAUCCGUGCGGUAAUUGAGCUUGCAAAGGCCAUAGGGACAAAAGGUCUAGUGGGUGGGCAAGUGAUCGACUUAUGUAGCGAAGGGUUGGAUCCAAACGAUGUGGGAUUGGAGCAUCUAGAGUUCAUCCACCUCCACAAAACGGCCGCUUUGUUGGAGGCAGUCGCGGUUGUAGGAGCCAUAUUGGGAGGUAGAACAGAGGAAGAGAUCGAAAAGCUAAGAAAGUAUGCGAGAUGUACUGGGCUGAUGUUUCAGGUGGUUGAUGAUGUACUUGACGUAACAAAAUCUACUGACGAAUUGGGUACGAGCGCCGGAAAAGACGUUAUUGCUGGCAAACUUACAUAUCCGAGGUUGAUUGGUUUGGAGAGAUCGAGGGAACUUGCGGAGAAAUUAAGCAAAGAAGCAGAUGAACAGCAUAUAGGGUUUGAUCCGAAUAAGGCGGUUCCUCUGGUGGCCCUUGCUAGUUACAUUACUGGAAGACACAACUGA